GUGCUAUGGACGUACCUGCGCAGCCCCCUGUGGGUGGCGGGGCUGGUCAUCGACGUGGGCGGUGGGUUGCUCAUGCUUCAGGCCGUUGCUUCCGCUCCUGUAUCCAUAGUGCAGCCGGUGUCAACGUCAGGGCUGGCCCUCAUGGCGCUCUUCUCACACCUCUACCUGCACGAGCCCAUGCGCCUGGCUGACUGGACUGGCAUCCUGCUCUGCAUCCUCGGCACUGUCGCGGUGGGAGUGUCAUCGGAAAACCCUUUGCCAUCCGCCCCGCCUCCCCAGCUCUCCCUGCGGCACCUCAUGGCGUUUGUCUUCUGGGUCGUGCUGCUCCUGGUAGUGCUGGAGUGGUGUGCCACGGCAAGCAAGGCCAAGCGGAAAAUUAAAGACCCUCCUCUUUCCGCUGGCGCACUGGGAGCGGAUGUGGUGGAGGAGCUAGCAGCAGGGACCCAAGCCGGGGCCUUCUUUGGGCUGUCAGCAGCAGCAGUGAAGACAGGCAUGCUGCUGGCCACAGGAGGCCCGCCCGUCUUUGCUCUCCUUGGGAUUGCCGUCGGCGUCAGUCUCAGCAGCUUCGGGUUUUUCUGCCAGACGCGGGGUUUCAAGGAGGGGCGAGCAGUGGUGGUGUCCACAUGUGCGGCUGUAGCAGCCAUGCUCACGGCUGUAGCAGCAGGUAUGGCAGGCCUGGGGGAGGACCUCCCUGCCAGUGCACGCCUGCGCAUGUGGCGCUUCCUCGGCUGGGGCUUGAUUCUCUUUGGGAUUGUACUGCUAGUGGCUGCCAAACCGCCUGACCUUGUGGGCCUAGCCAAAGCGGACGCAGCCCGCCGCAAACCUUUGCACCCCUCUCCCCGCGCACCCAACCGCUCCACUUCGCCUAGUGGGCUCUCGAUAGGCAUUGCAGCUGGUUUUCCUAGAAAGUAUGAGCCAUAG